AUGUGUAUAUAUGGUGGAUCUACGUUGUUGUAUCUUCUCCUAGUACUAGAACUAUGUUUUCCUCCGGCCACCGUGGCAGCCGGUUUUGCCAUUAAGCAUCUGCCGGGAUAUGAAGGACCGCUUCCUUUUGAGCUUCAAACCGGGUAUAUAGGAGUUGGUGAAACCGAAGAGGUUCAGUUAUUCUACUAUUUUAUUAAGUCGGAGUCGAAUCCUUACACAGAUCCGCUUAUUCUUUGGUUAACUGGAGGCCCAGGUUGCUCCGGUCUGUGGUCCGUCGCAUACGAUAAUGGGCCGCUGCGAUUUAAUAACGUGGAGUACAAUGGAAGUCUCCCAACAUUGUCAUUAAAUCCCUUUGCAUGGACCAAGAUCGCAAAUAUUAUCUUUUUGGAUUUACCGGUGGGAACUGGAUUUUCUUAUGCAACAACCAUUAGAGCUAAUACUUCUGAUGAUAUACAAGCUGGUAUCCAUGGAUGUGAAUUUGUUCAAAAGUGGCUGAAAGAGCAUCCUAACUUCAUCUCCAAUGCUCUCUAUGUGGGAGGGGAGUCCUAUGCUGGCAUAUUUGUGCCCAUUAUUACUCAAUUUAUUUCAGAUGGAAUCGAGGCGAGGAUUACACCAUGGAUUAAUCUAAAGGGAUAUCUCCUAGGAAACCCUAUGACCAACCUAAAUACGGAUGGGAACUACCAAAUACCAUAUGCUCAUGGGAUGGGUCUAAUUUCUGAUGACUUAUACAAGUCACUAGAACGUCACUGUGGAGGGGAGUAUCGAAAUGUUGAUCCCAACAAUUUUGACUGCUUGCAAGAUGCGGCCACCUUUUAUCAGUGGUAUAGCAAAUUAUACAAGUCUCACAUUUUGGAGCCUGCUUGUCCUGAUGAUCCUGCUUCCAAAUUGGAGCCGGUGUGUAAUGAUGUUGAUUAUUCUAAAUUGUUUGACCAAAGAAGAGCCCUUGGACAGCUUACCAAUCUCAUAACUCCACUCCACAUCACUGAAAAAUGCCGAGACCAUUGGUAUACUCUUAUGUCUUACUGGGCCAAUGAACUAACUGUUCGUGACGCUAUUCAUGUUAGGAAGGGAACGGUUGAUCUUUGGGAAUAUUGCCAUUCCAAUUUAUCAUACACAGUAAAUGCAAAAGAUGUGACAUCGUAUCAUGCAUACCUUAGCACCAAAGGUUAUCGAUCUCUUAUUUACAGUGGUGACCAUGAUCCUUGCGUACCAUCUAUUUCUACCCAAGCAUGGAUAAAAGCCCUAAACUAUUCAAUUGUUGAUGAUUGGAAGCCAUGGUGGACUGAUGAUCAAGUUGCUGGAUAUACAAUGACUUACUCAAAUGGGAUGACAUUUGCCACAGUGAAGGGAGGACAUACAGUUCCUGAAUCUGCACCUUAUCAAGCUCUAGUCAUGUUUGCAAAAUGGAUACAAAAUGGUCACGUUUAGUUUAUGUCUGGUGUUAUAUGUUUUAUCUGUCCGGAACCUAUGGUGUCUUUAACAAUGUUGUUUUUAAUUUAAUGGAUAAAGCUACAUGGA